AUGGUGAAGCUUCUCAUAAACAAAGUGGAUAUGAAAGCAAAGAAUUUGGAAGGCAAGACAGCACUAGACAUAAUGAAAGAACGUGGCCUUGUUGAAGACAAAGAGGUAAAAGAGAUGCUCCAUGGUUCCCACAUUCUCAGAGAUGUUGCAAAAUUUGUGUGUUCAAUAUUAUUGUUUGUGAAGAGAUUAGUGAUUACGGACCAUCCUGAGAUCCUUUACAUGUCUAAAAAGGAUCGGAAUGCCAUAUUAGUAGUUUAUGUGCUCAUUGCCACUGCAACUUACGAAGCAGCUCUAAGUCCACCCGAAAAAGAUAUGGAUUUCUUCCCUCCGGAGUGGAUCUCAUACGUAUGCUUCCAACAGUUAAAUACAGUUGCAUUCGUUGCUUCAAUGAUAGAGAUUUGUGUUCAUCUUCCUUCUGGGAUUGGCUACGCUCUCCAUUUGGUUCUUCCUUUGGUCAUUUGCUAUGCAUUAUUGGCGAUCGUUUGGAGGUCGUACUUUCCUUUAGUUAUCACAAGUGCAGUCAUUUUUUUGCUUAUUUUGUCCAAAAUUCCCUUGGUUAGACAGAAGGUGAAAGGAGGUUUUAAGCCAAAGAAGCCUAACAAACUUGGUGGUCGCUUCAGCUUCAGCAUGGAGAAAGAAUUGACAGACAUAAGUGUGCACUUUGGUCGCAGUGGUUAG